GACUUGAUCGGAAAUGACGUCACCAGAGGUCGUAGUUGAUCUGGUGUCAACACAUGUGCGUCCUCCAUAGCCAGGCGCGUGAGCUCGAAAACUGGUGAUUUACUUUCUUUGUGGUUAUUAUUGUAAUAAAACACUAAGAUGCCAAAAGACAUAUCAUCCUCAUCAAGCGAAGAUGAAGCGGACAGUCCUGCAACAGAGACACAAACUAAGCAAAAAGAAACCGAGAAAAAGAUCAGCAAGUACGAGUGUCCUGCUGACUUUGUGCCCUUUAGCCACACGCCCUGCAGAAGCACUUUGAUGGAGGCUCUGAAGAAAAAGCAGAAUGAAGUAUGGCUCAUUAAAGCUCCUUCCAGCUUCGACCCAAAAUGUCUCCAUGGUGUCAAGGUGCCUCUCUCAGGUCUCCAGUCCUGCAAGGUUCCUACUGCAGCAGGUGGAUCACAACCUGGGACUGACCAGCAGAUCUAUAAGAUUCUGGCUUCCUCACAUUGUACCUCAGACCUCCGCCUUCUCACCAGGAACGAUAGUUCAUCACACGGCAUGGUUUUCAGCCAGACUUUCUCAGGCUUGCUCAACGUGUGUGAGAGCUUUGGGGACCGUAGCAUGAACCAGGACCCUCAGGUCAUCCCCGCUGCCCCAGCUCCCUCCAUCCCAACAGGGCUCAAACAGCGCUUCCACCCCUUUGGCAGUAGGACACCCACUCUGACCUGCGUGGCAGAGAACGAGGCAGAUGGAGCCACCUUCGGACCCUCGUCCACUACUCUCAUCCCCCUGGUAGCCAAACGAUUUGUGGAAGAGGCAGGACAUGAAGAAGAAGGAAGGAGGAAGAAGAAGAAGAAGAAAGAAAAGCGAUUGAAGAUGGAACGAGGGGAGGAGGAUGAUGUGGUGGUGAGAGUGAAACAGGAACCGGUUUCCAGAAUUCAGGAUGAAGUGAAGAUGGAAAUCCCCCUUGAGGAAAAUGAUGUGUUAGAAGAGGAGAAGAGGAAAAAGAAGAAGAAAAAGAAGUACAGGGAGCGAGAGGAUGUGGAGGAGGCAACAGAGCCCAUUGUGACAGUAAAGACAGAAGAUGUGACAGUGAAAUACGAACCAAUGGACACUUCGUAUGGAGACGUAGUGGAGAACUCUGGAAAGAAGAAGAAAAAGAAGAAGAAAAGUCGAACUGAAGACGAUUAGUUUGAGUUCACGAGGAAAUGACUGCAGCUUAUUGAGGAAUUGCUUCAUGCAAGACUUGUGUUGGCAGAACAUCGUGCUCAGCAAAGAGACUUGUGUUGACACAAAUAAUAAAGUGACUUCAUCCAAGCGUCUUCGUGACCGUGUUUCUGUCAUUCAAGCUGUGACAGAUUUACACACACAGCACGUGUCGGUUACUGGCAUCCGUGUGUAUGUGGGUAUUUAGAAAGUACUCAGGGACUAUGUCAGUACUUUCUGCCAGUGGCUGUCAAGAUGUGGAACAUUUCAUUUGUGCUCCCACUGUGUUGUUGUGUUUGUAUAUAUUUACACAACCAGGUUGGAAAUGUCUCUGAUUUGGCCGAUCUAAGUCUGAUUCUUCAGUAUUGUGUAACAUUGCUGUAUUUUAACCCAGUGACUCUCUCCUUUUGCCAUUUUUUUGUGUGCAGAAAAACAUGUUAGAAAAAAAGCGAUUAAAGUUGAAAUGAAAACGAGAA